CGUUUCAUCUGCUUGUGAUCUGUGUCGCUAUUGCUAGAUAGAAUUUUAUUAAAUAUUCAGACAGUGAGUGAAAUUUCGUUUUAUUGAUAUAUAACUAGAAAAUUAAAUCACACAUAUGUUAUUUCCAUUCGCAGUAAAUUCUUUCUGAGGCAAUCUUAUGUAGACGGUUGUUAUAAAGAUUAUUUGUGAAAUCUAUCAAAAUACUAUGCCUCUUUUUGGUAAAUCUCAGAAGAGCCCAGCGGAGUUAGUGCGAUCAUUAAAAGAUGCGGUUACAGCUUUAGAAAGAGGCGAUAAGAAAGCUGAAAAAGCGCAAGAAGAUGUGAGCAAAAAUUUGGUGUUAAUCAAAAAUAUGCUUUAUGGGACAUCUGAUGCUGAGCCGCAAACUGACAUCAUUGUAGCUCAACUCGCCCAGGAGUUAUACAACACUAACUUGCUACUUCUUCUGAUUCAAAAUUUAAACCGCAUCGACUUUGAAGGAAAAAAAGAUGUUGCCCAAGUGUUCAAUAAUGUUUUGAGGCGUCAAAUUGGCACUCGUUCCCCCACAGUUGAGUACAUAUGUACAAAGCCUGAGAUUUUGUUCACUUUAAUGUCUGGCUAUGAACAUCAAGAGAUAGCUUCCAACUGUGGUACAAUGUUAAGGGAGUGUGCGAGAUAUGAAGCGCUGGCUAAAAUAAUGUUAUAUUCAGAUGAUUUUUACAAUUUCUUUCGUUACGUAGAGGUUUCCACUUUUGAUAUCGCCUCGGAUGCCUUUUCUACAUUUAAGGAAUUAUUAACUCGGCAUAAAAUAUUGUGCGCUGAGUUUCUAGAAGCAAAUUAUGAUAAGGUGUUCAGUCACUACCAGCGGCUUUUGAAUUCUGAAAACUAUGUAACUCGACGGCAGAGUCUUAAGCUGCUCGGGGAACUGUUAUUAGAUCGGCAUAACUUUUCUAUAAUGACGCGCUACAUCACCAACCCAGAUAACCUCAAGUUAAUGAUGAACAUGCUUAAAGAGAAAUCACGUAAUAUACAAUUUGAAGCUUUCCAUGUAUUUAAGGUGUUUGUUGCUAAUCCUAAUAAGCCGAAGCCGAUAUUGGAUAUACUACUAAGAAAUCAGGACAAGUUGGUCGACUUCCUCACCAAGUUCCACACAGAUCGUUCGGAGGAUGAACAGUUCAACGACGAAAAGGCUUAUUUAAUAAAGCAAAUCAAAGAGCUUAAGCCAUUAGAACACUAACAUUUAUUUAAUUGCAUUUUAAUAAAUCGCCACUUCCUCCUCAAAAGAAGUUAGUUAUGUAUUUAAACGCUAUUAUAUUUAAAUGCUUCUAAGUCACCAGAAGGUUUGAGAUGGGAAACAUAAAACCAAUUGGUCGGAAUUCAAAAGGAGUAUAACAUUCGGUCUGUGAUGUGUUAGGGUUGAACAUUGGUAUUUGUGCUACGAGCAAAUUAACACUUUUAAUAAACAAUUGUAGGAAUUAGUGUUAUUUUAAUGGUUCACUUAUAUCUUUUGUAAGUUGUUUAAACCAUUUGUUUUAGUUCUUAUGACCUGUUUAGUGGCAGUUCCUACGUCACAAUGAAAAUACAUAGUAUAUACAUAUAUAGUAUUUUAUCACAUUAGUAUAUGACCUUAAUGGACCUAUCGAAUUUGAAAAUACGGAAAGUCAAGAUCUAAAGACAUGUACAUAAUAUUAUGACAUCUAAUUUUUGUUUUUAUACGUCACUGUCAAAAAUAUAGAUUGUUAAAUAUGAAGGAAAUAUAUUUUAUAUAUUGUCAGUAUUGGUUAUUUAUUACGCCAUUUAAAUAUUGUCCCAUAUUAUAUGUUCUGUAAUGAUUCAAUAAAUUUCUGAUUGCUUGAAUAUUGUAACAGACUGCAUGCCUAGAAAAAGUCACUUGAAAGUUUUUGCGUGUCAAAGUAAUUUUUUUAUUCAUGUUUUUGUUUUUUAUAGAGUAGUUCAGAUACAAAAACUAAAUUAGUUAACCAUUUUAUUGUAUUGAAUGUUUAUUGUCAUUUCAAUGUAUUCAUAGUUUUUUUCUACGCAUUCCGCCCGAUGACCGCGAUGGGCGCAAAAGUAUAGCUGCGUGUCGUUUAUUAUUAACAUGUUAUAAUUAUUGAUAUCCAAUCAAUUAUUUCAUCUUUCUGGUAUGUUUUUUAGUAAUUUUUUUUAAGAUGGUUUGUUUUGCAUUGUAGUUACUUGUUGGCGGCUGAUAUCAUCAUUAAUUUUGCUGUUUUUUAAUUUGAUCAAAUCUGUAUGAAUGUUCGAUACAACUUUACCUUAUAUGUUAAAGUUUAUUUUAUUUUGUCAAUAUCAUUAAUGCAACAUUAUUGAAACUGAAUAAAAUAUUUGUAUCAUUACCAUUA